GAAAAGAAGAUGAAUUAAGAUCGUGGUUGGGAACAGAAGGUUGUGGAAGAGUAUUUUUGGAAAGUAUUUGUAUCAGGAAAAUAACAGUGCUGGGAAGUAAUAGUAUCGGGGAAGAGUGGAGUCAGGGAAAAAGAGUUGUUAUUGGGGAGAGUAAUUGUUAG